AUAGUGAUAAUGUUGAGACACGCUGUAACGAAGAACAAAAAGCUAGCUUAGUUGUCGAGUUGAUCAAACCGAUAACAGAACAACAAACACAGUUGUCAUUUCGUUCCUUUUCUUGCACUUCAAUUCUUCUUCAUUUCUCCCGAAAUCACAAUUUAGUUGCUUCCAUCAACGAUUCCCGACCGAGAGAAACAACUCAUGACUAAGCCUGCUGAUGCCGAAGAGACGCCGCCGCCCGCCGCCGAUGCGGAGAGCCAGAGUGCGCCGGCGGCUGCUGGCGGCGGGUUCUCCAAUAUCAUCCAGCGGUGGCGGCGCGAAGGUAUUGUGAAGAGAGGCUGUGUGGCUUUUCGAGCCUUCGGUUUACUCUUCUCCUUGCUCGCUUUCAUUAUCAUGGCCACCAAUCAACACGGCGAUGGCAGAGAAUUUGACAAAUAUGAAGAAUACAGGUUAAACAAAAUUUCAAUUUCAAUUUCAUCUUCUCUGUCUUGUUUGUUUGAAUUUCUGUGUUUUUUUUUUGGUAGGUAUGUGUUGGCGAUUGCAAUUCUGUCUGCUUUAUACACCGGAUUUCAAACAGGGAGGCAUAUUCAUGAAAUCCACACAAACAAAGAGAUCAUUUCACGGAAGAAUGCAUCAAUAUUUGAUUUUAUUGGUGAUCAGAUUGUGGCAUACUUGUUGCUGUCUGCAGCUUCAGCAGCAGUACCUUUGACAAACAACAUGCGUCGAGGAGGAGAUAACAUAUUCACAGAUUCCUCAGCAGCGGCGAUCAGUAUGGAAUUCUUCGCAUUCUUUUCACUAGGUUUGUCGGCUCUCAUCUCCGGAUUCAAGCUCUCUAAUCAAACUUACAUCUGAUCAGCCUAAAAAAUUGUUACAAUUUCUUUGUAUUGCUCUUAUUUGAUUGUGUUGUUGAUCAUUUACUCAUAUACUAUAUUUUUUCUUGUAAAUUCAUGUUUAUGAAGAAAAGGAGUUGAUUUCCUUUCAGUUGGAUACAUACGUAGUUUGAAAUGUAAAGGUUCAUUUUUUGUGAAUUAAUGAAAUGAAUUAUACUCCACUA